GGCUCAGUCAAGCUUAGAAAGGCGUUGAGCCUUUGGUAACUAGCUAGCUGAGAAUAGUUUGUUUUAUACAGUACAGUUAAUGUACUUGCCGUACGGUUUCUCUCGGCGUGCAUUGCUAUCCUCGAUCUCCAAAAAGAAUGAGUGAGUGGUGUAAUAUGUUACCGCAGGAAUGGUACAAAUAUGUAAAUCAAGAGGUGAAGGUUACAACGCGUGAUAAACAGCAACAUGAAGGCUGGGUCUUCACCGUAGACCCUGUCUCUGCAAGUGUGGUCCUUGUGACCUUCCUAGAGAAAGGAGGUGCCUUUGUGAUGGUGGUGCUGGGCCAUGCGGUGAGGGACGUGCAGAUCCUCAGGGGGGGAGACGAUGAAAUCGCCAGCCGCCUGAGGUCUCUCUUUAUGCCUGCUGGGUGCCAGGCUUUCACCUCACAGAAACUCAAGGAGCGAAAGGAGAACCUGCAUGCGUGGUUGGAGAAGAACCGUAUUCCUGUUACAGACGAGGGAGAUGUUCUGCAAGUGGCGAAUGUCCUCACCAUCGGUGCCCCGUACGGUGCCGAGCAGUGCACCAGCAGCAAUGAGAUCAUUCUGGCGAGAGUGCAGAGUCUUGUGGAGAGCAAUCCAGGAACAGAGAGCCAGCAGUGAGACAUGCAUGCUGAGCUUGGAGUCCAGGCUUUUCAAGUUGGGCCCUCUCUAUGAGAGCAGUUCAUGUAUAAUCCUCUCUUGAGGGAUGUUGGAAUCUGUCUGACUGUUCGACACUCUGUGCAGUGUUAAACACUUUUUCCUUUCAUGUACAUUUUACACAUCUUUCAUUUGCUAUGAAGCCAGACAUUAUUUGAUGUGGAGCCAGCCUUUUUAGAAAAAGAUUGGCUGGUGAUUAGUCUAAUGACCCAAGUUGAAUAGGGAAAACAUUUGAGUGUGAAUGCAGCCUGUUAGCCUCUCUAUUUAAAAAUUGAUUAGUUUAAAACAAUGUAAUUACUUAUGUACAUUUGUUUCACAAUUUUAUAAUAAAUACUUUGCAACGGGUGUAA